AUGAAGACACGUUUUAAUACGUACGAUCUCAUUUGCUCCAUAACGGAAUUACAAAGAUUAAUUGGUAUGCGAGUCAAUCAAAUAUACAAUGUUGAUCAUCGUAUAUAUUUGAUACGUUUUCAAAGAAGCGAAGAGAAAUGUAUCCUGUUAAUUGAAUCUGGUUAUAGAAUGCAUACUACAGCUUUUGAAUGGCCCAAGAAUAUAACACCGUCGAGUUUUUCAAUGAAGAUGAGGAAACAUUUAAAAAAUAAGAGACUUGAAAGUUUGAAGCAAAUUGGUACCGAUCGUAUAAUUGAUUUACAAUUUGGCAGUGGAGAGGCUGCAUAUCACAUAAUAUUAGAAGUAUACGAUAGAGGUAAUAUCGUUUUAACGGAUUAUGAAAUGACAAUUAUAAAUAUUUUGAGACCUCAUACAGAAGGCGAUAAAGUUAGAUUUGCAGUUAAAGAAAAAUAUCCAUCUGAUCGUGCUUAUACUACGACCAUGGCACCAUUGGAAGAUAUUAAGAAGAAAAUAGAAUCUGCUAAGCCAGGUGAAAAUCUAAAGAAAAUUCUAAACCCUCUUGUGGAAUUUGGUGCUGCUGUAAUCGAACACGUUCUAUUGCAAGCUGGUUUUGCAUCUGGAUGUAAAAUUGAUAAAGAUUUUGAUAUCGAAAGAGAUAUGCCUAAGUUGGCUAUAGCUCUGCAGAAUGCAGAUAAUAUGCUGAAUGACGCGAAAGAAAACGUUUCCAAAGGUUACAUUAUACAGAAAAAAGAAAUGAAGCCAUCUCCGGACAAUAAAGAAGAGUAUAUAUUUACCAACGUAGAGUUUCAUCCCUUUCUAUUCGAGCAAUAUAAAAAUUGUUCUUAUAAAGAAUUUGAUUCUUUCGAUGUCGCAGCUGAUGAAUUUUUUUCCACAAUGGAAGGACAAAAGCUUGACUUAAAGGCUUUACAGAAAGAAAAAGAAGCAUUGAAAAAAUUAGAAAACGUUAAGAAAGAUCACAAUCAAAGAUUAAUUACAUUAGAAAAAACUCAGGAAUUGGAUAAAUGGAAGGCGGAAUUAAUUUCUAGAAAUCAAACUUUAGUAGACAAUGCAAUUUUUGCUAUUCAAAAUGCGCUUGCAAAUCAAGUAUCAUGGCCAGAUAUUGAGAUUUUAUUAAAAGAAGCACAAGAAAGAGGUGAUUCAGUUGCUUCUGCUAUCAAACAGCUCAAAUUAGAAAAAAAUCACAUUGCAUUAUUAUUAAGAGAUCCUUAUGAAGAAAGUGAUGAAGAGACAGAAUUAAAGCCUACUAUUAUAGAUAUUGACUUGGCAUAUAGUGCUUUUGGUAAUGCAAGAAAGUAUUAUAAUCAAAAAAGGUCGGCAGCUAAAAAACAACAGAAAACUAUAGAGUCCCAAGACAAAGCUUUAAAAUCGGCAGAAAAGAAAACUAAACAAACAUUGAAAGAAGUACAAACAAUACAUAGUAUUAAUAAAGCAAGGAAAACAUAUUGGUUUGAAAAAUUUUACUGGUUCAUUUCUUCUGAAAAUUAUCUUGUAAUCGGUGGAAGAGAUCAACAACAAAACGAAUUGAUUGUAAAAAGAUAUCUUAAGGCUGGAGAUAUUUAUGUUCACGCAGAUUUAACAGGUGCUAGUUCUAUUGUUGUCAAAAAUCCUGGAGGUGGACCUAUACCUCCUAAAACUUUGGCAGAAGCAGGUACAAUGGCUGUAGCUUAUAGUAUUGCUUGGGAAGCUAAAGUAGUUGCAGGUGCAUGGUGGGUAAAUAACGAUCAAGUAUCUAAAACUGCACCAACUGGUGAAUACCUUAGUACUGGAUCCUUUAUGAUACGUGGUAAAAAGAAUUAUUUACCACCAUGUCAAUUGAUAAUGGGUCUUGGUUUUCUAUUUCGUUUGGAAGAUAGUUCCAUUGAACGGCAUAAGGAUGAACGAAGAGUAAGAGUUAUAGAUGAUGAGAUUGAUAGGAAUGAAACUAUAGUUGAAAUAGAUAAAGAAAUAGAAUUAGAAGAAAACAGUGAUGAAGACGAAUAUUUGGAAAAUCCAACACAAUUAGAUUCUAUCAAAGAAGAAUCUUUUAUGGAAUCCGACAUGAUGCCAAAAGAAGAUGAGGGUAAACAUGAUAGUACUAGUGAUGAAGACAAAGAUUUUCCAGAUGUACAAAUCAAAAUUGAUUAUUCAACAUUAAGAGUGGAGCUUCACGAUGAAAAUGGUCCUAUAGAUAAAAAAAAUGAGGAAAAUAUUAGUUUUGUUGGUAAAUCUAUGUUAAUAAAUUCUAAUAAAGAAGGAACUACAAAAUUGUCUCAACAGUUGCCUUUAACAUCUGAUAAAGAAAGUAAAAAGCUUGAGCAAAGUCAAUUGAAGAGAGGUCAAAAAAGUAGACUUAAAAAGAUGAAAGAAAAAUAUAAAGAUCAAGACGAGGAAGACAGGCACUUGGCUAUGGAAGUUUUACAAUCAGCAGGAGCAGCAAAAGAAGAUAAACGUCGUAACAAACAUAAAGAUCCAUCUGGCCCUAAACAACAAGGAAAAAAAAAAGGAAAUACAAGGCCACCUAUGGUAAAAAAUAUUAAUACUGAUAAUAUUGACGAAGAAGAUGUAGGACCGGCACCCGAGAUGGAUAUGUUAGACCAAUUAACAGGAAAACCAGUUUCCGAAGAUGAAUUACUAUUUGCUGUUCCUGUUGUAGCACCUUACAAUACCUUAUUAAAUUAUAAAUUUAAAGUAAAAUUAACACCAGGUACAAGUACGAGGGGAAAAGCUGGUAAGACUGCUAUAGCUGUAUUUUUAAAAGAUAAAGAGAUAACUUUGCGUGAAAAAGAUAUGUUAAAAGCUGUUAAAGAUGAAUCAGUAGUUCGAAACAUACCUGGAAAAGUGAAAAUAAGUGCACCUCAAAUUCAAAAAAUUAAAAAAUAAAUAGUAUUCCUUGAAUAAUGGUAUAAUUUUAUGUUCGCUUAUGAUUGUAUAUUACAAGUAAUUAUAAGUAUAUUUAAGUCUGUUUAUUACUGAUUGAUCAACAAUGUUUUAUGAAAAGUGUACAAAAAAAAAUACAAAAAAAGGAAUGGUCGAAAAAAA